GAGCUCCCGCGUCUCCUCUCCUUCCUUUGUGUGCGCGCGAGCGGAGUUGGGGCGGAGGGAGAAGGGGGAGGUCGCUCUGUCUGUCUGGCUCCUGCUGCCUUUGCCCGGGCUGCUCGAAGGGCCGCCGGGGAGGCGGGAGCCCAGGGGAGGGCGCAGGAGCUGGCAGGGCGCCCCCCGGCCGCCGGGGCGCGGUGGUCCCAGCCGCGCGCGAGCGUGCGCGGACCGCGGCUGGGGCUCCGCUGGAGGCGCGAUUAGUCCGCUCGGGCCGCCCCUCGGAUCUCCCUCCGCUCCUAUCUACCCACCGACACCCAGAGAAGAGCGUGCAAAGGCGCCGAGAGGGACGGAAACCACAAAUAAAUAGCGGCGGCAGCAGCGCGUCAUCUGGUGGAGCAGGAAGUGCAGGCAGAGUCCGGAGGCUGGUGCUUUCUGCGCGUCCCCAGGACUUUGCCAUGGGCUGGGGGCCGCGAAGGCUGCGAGCGGCCGGGCGAGGGCAGCGGCGGCGGCGUCCGCACCGGGGCUGAGCCAGCAGCGACGCGCGGGGCGCGCGGAGAUGGCAGCGUCCAGCAACUCCAGCCUGUCCGGCUCCUCGGUGUCCUCGGAUGCUGAAGAAUACCAGCCUCCAAUAUGGAAAUCGUACUUAUAUCAGUUACAGCAAGAGGCCCCUCGUCCCAAGAGGAUCAUUUGUCCUGGGGAGGUGGAGAACAGACCAAAAUAUUAUGGAAGAGAGUUUCAUGGGAUCAUCUCCCGGGAGCAGGCAGACGAGCUUCUCGGAGGCGUGGAGGGCGCCUACAUUCUUAGAGAAAGCCAACGCCAGCCAGGAUGCUACACGUUAGCUCUAAGGUUUGGAAACCAGACUUUAAACUACAGGCUCUUCUAUGAUGGAAAGCACUUCGUGGGCGAGAAGAGAUUUGAAUCGAUUCAUGAUCUGGUCACAGACGGCUUGAUAACACUGUACAUAGAAACAAAAGCUUCUGAAUACAUUUCCAAAAUGACAACAAACCCCAUUUACGAACACAUUGGAUAUGCCACUCUGCUCAGAGAAAAAGUAUCCAGGAGGCUGAGCAGGUCGAAGAACGAAUCAAGGAAAACAAGCGUCGCAAAUGAAGAACACACGGCGGUUGAAAAGAUCUCGUCCCUGGUCCGAAGGGCCGCCCUCACGCACAACGACAACCACUUCAACUAUGAGAAGACACACAACUUCAAGGUCCACACGUUCCGAGGCCCGCACUGGUGUGAAUACUGUGCCAACUUCAUGUGGGGGCUCAUCGCCCAAGGGGUUCGGUGCUCAGACUGUGGAUUGAACGUACACAAACAGUGUUCCAAGCACGUUCCCAAUGACUGUCAACCUGAUCUCAAGAGGAUCAAGAAGGUGUACUGUUGUGACCUCACAACACUCGUAAAGGCUCACAACACUCAGAGGCCCAUGGUGGUGGACAUAUGCAUACGGGAAAUCGAAGCAAGAGGAUUGAAGUCGGAAGGUCUUUACAGAGUCUCUGGGUUCACCGAACACAUUGAAGAUGUCAAAAUGGCAUUUGACAGAGACGGUGAAAAGGCAGAUAUAUCUGCCAACAUCUAUCCAGACAUAAACAUCAUCACUGGAGCCCUUAAACUGUACUUCAGAGACUUACCCAUUCCUGUUAUCACCUAUGACACCUAUCCCAAAUUUAUCGAAGCAGCGAAAAUCUCCAAUGCAGACGAGAGGCUGGAAGCCGUCCAUGAAGUGCUGAUGCUGCUGCCUCCCGCCCACUAUGAGACCCUCCGGUACCUGAUGAUCCACCUCAAGAAGGUGACUUUGAAUGAAAAGGACAAUUUCAUGAAUGCUGAAAAUCUGGGGAUCGUGUUUGGGCCCACCCUGAUGAGGUCCCCUGAGGACAGCACCCUCACCACCCUGCAGGACAUGCGGUACCAAAAGCUGAUUGUGCAGAUUUUAAUAGAAAAUGAAGAUGUUUUGUUUUAAUCCACCGGGGAAAUGAGCUGAAUGGCCCCGGCCCCAUCUAAGUUGAUAAGGCUAAAGGAAUAAAAGCAUUUCUUACGCUUGAUUUGUUUUCCAAACAAGUGGCAGAAUUUCCUGGACCGCAGCGGGUUGUCAAGUCGGCUCCUGUGUCUCAUAGACACUCGCCUCGUCCACGUGAGAAGAGCAGGGGUGAGAGUGACCAAGGCCCUUGUCUUGGGUCUUUGCCGUGCCUCCUACGUACAUCUGUUUUGCUGGAAGAGUGAUUAAUAAAUCUUUAACUUAUUAAAAAACAACAACGUAGACUUUUAAGCUUCAGUCUUAUCAGUAAUAAAAGGGAAUUUAAUUUAAUUCAUAGAGGUACUUGAUACAGUUAUACGUUUUCCACUUACAAAAAGAAGACAAUUCUAUGUUAAAUGUUAAAUGAGACUUCUAUUGUAAAAUGUAUUUUUAUUUUAGCUGCGAGAAUGUUACUUUAUUUCAGCAAAUAGAACUCAAUGCAGUGCAUUGAUUAUGACCCUGUGUACUUUGUCCCGCUUCUUGCUGUGAUCCCUGAAAACGUUUACCAUGAAUGCAGUAUUAUCUUGACAUACCUCUGUCCUUAUCAGUGCUUUGCAAUGGAAGUUCACCGGCCACCUGUGUCCCUGCUUCUGAUAGUUUUUGCUGUUAAGCACACUGGCAGCUUGCUGUCGUAUGGUAUACGUUUAUAGCAAUUGUAGGAUGGCCUGAUACAUCCACGCAUCUUCUUUCCAUAACAAUGUUGUGGAAUUCCAGAGUAUGUUUUGGCAUUGGCUGUAGUCUUUCCAUACCGUGUGUGAAUAUCCCAGAAUAUGCAGAAUGUGGUCAUUUUACAUAAAAUGAUUUGGGAACACUGGUUGAAUCUGGGCCAUGUAAAAAAGUGAGCACUUUCCCUGUUUUCAGGCCAGCAUUCUGACUUCAUCGAUUAAUGGCAAAUUGUAUUUUUGUCACACUUCUGUAUUUAUGAAAAGUGAAUCUGCAGAAUAAUUGUUGAUUUUUUUUUUCGUUUUUGUUUUAUAAACAAGACUAUUUUUAAAAGUAAGAAUGAGUAAGUUGGGUUUUUACAAAUAUUCCUCCUUGAUAAGAGUAGCUGUGUAUGGAUCAUAAUUUAAUAUGACUUUAUUACUAUAGCUCCAUCUUAUUGGUGAUAUUUAUCUUAGCAUGAGCUUUUCACGGCAAGAUUUCUAUAUUUUGUAACCUAGGUAAAAUAUUGGAAGCAUCAAAACCUGUAAAUCUAAUUUUUUUCCCUGCCAUCCAACUACAGCGUCUUUUCCUCUGAUUGAGCUGAUCCACGUACUUACUCGGUAGUCUGGUUUUGGAGUGACCGGAAGAGAAUUACUGUGUGAGAAGUGAGCCGGAAGGAGGAGGGCGGUGCAGCUGUUGUCCUGCAUGGGCUCUGUUGGCACACGGCGGGGUCAGAAUGGUUCUGCUGGGUCCCUGCUCUAUUGUUCCUCCCAACUGUACAGAUUUGUUUGUUGUAGCUUCUGUACUUCUGGAUACUGUCAAAAGAUUAUCUGAAAAUGGUUUUAUUUUGUGAAGUGAAUACUACUUUGUAAUUUAUGAUAGCGUAAAUGGAAGGAAAAGCAUUAAAUGUAUUAAAUUCUUCUGUCUAUCGUU